AUGCCUCCACCGCGCUUACGCUCCCUCCUCCUCCUCUUGCUCAUUUCCACCGCCACCCUCCAGAUCUGCUCCGCCGCCGAAAACGACGACGUAAACAGUCUUGUUUUCGAGAACCCAAGGCUCCGGCAAGCCUACAUUGCUCUCCAAGCAUGGAAAUCCGCCAUCUUUUCCGACCCCUUCAACUUCACCACCAACUGGAAAGGCUCAAACAUCUGUUCCUACGGCGGUGUCUACUGCGCCCCCUCCCUACCCAACCCCUCUAUCCGUGUCGUCGCCGGCAUAGACCUCAACCAUGCUGAUAUCGCCGGUUAUCUCCCACCGGAGCUCGGCUUACUCACUGACCUAGCCCUUUUCCACAUCAACUCAAACCGUUUCUGUGGCACUGUUCCGACGACUUUCAAGAACCUUACAUUACUACACGAGCUCGAUUUAAGUAACAACCGCUUCGUCGGAGUUUUCCCGACGGUGGUCUUGUCUUUGCCGGCGUUGAAGUAUUUGGAUCUCCGGUUCAACGAGUUUGAAGGGUUUCAGUUCGGUAUUCCGCCGAACUUGGGUAACUCGCCGGUGUCUGUUCUUGUUUUAGCGAACAAUAAUCUCGGUGGUUGUAUUCCGGCGAGUAUUGGUCAAAUGGAGAAAACGUUGAACGAGAUUAUUCUCAUGAAUGAUAAUCUAACUGGGUGUUUGCCGGUGCAAAUCGGAAUGUUGAAGCAGGUGACUGUUUUUGACGUCAGCUUUAACAAUCUCCAAGGGCCGUUGCCGGCGGCGAUUGGCGGAAUGAGAAGCGUGGAGCAGCUGAAUGUGGCGCAUAACCGGCUGACUGGAGUGGUGCCUGAUAGUAUUUGUAGGUUGCCUAGGUUGCAGAACUUUACUUACUCUUUUAACUACUUCACUGGUGAAGCGCCGUCGUGCUCUGCUGCCGGAGGUGGUGGUGGUAAGGUGUUUGAUGACGGGAAGAAUUGUAUUAUUGGAAAGACGAACCAGCGAUCAGUGAGGGAGUGUUCCUCUGGAGAUGCUCGUCCUGUUGAUUGUAGGAAGCUACAAUGUGGUGGUUUUUCAUCGCCGGCGCCGUCAUCUUCUCCUACUCCGACUUCACCUUCAAAUCCUUCUCCCACGUCACCUUCCGUUCCCACUACACCGUCAGCUCCUACUCCGACGUCACCAUCGGCCCCUACUCCGUCGUCAGUUCCUACUCCGACGACACCAACGACUCCGACACCAUCUCAACCCCCUUCUCCCAUGCCUACACCGCAUCCACCAUCUGUUCAGCCAUCACCACCACCGCCUACUUCUGAGAGUUCACCAAAUACAAAGUUACACCCUCCACCACCGCCUAGAGAGGGAACUACUCCAUCAAUUCAUUAUCCACCACCACCACCAGUGUCCCAGAUCACACCACCAACUGGACAACCUGUUCCAUCACCGCCACAUGGAAGUCAGGGAUCCCCACCUCAGGGAAGCAUACCUUCUCCACCACAGGGAAGCACACCUUCUCCACCUCAAGGAAGCCACCAAUCGCCACCACAUGGAAGCCACCAAUCGCCGGGUCAACCUGUACCAUCACCGCCACACGGAAGUCAGGGAUCUCCACCACAUGGAAGCCACCAAUCGCCGCCACAUGGUAGCCAUCAAUCGCCACCAACGGGUCAACCUGUACCAUCACCACCACACGGAGGCCAAGGAUCUCCGCCACAUGGAAGCCACGGGUCACCGCCGCAUGGAAGCCACGGAUCUCCACCAGCAGGUCAACCUGUACCAUCACCGCCACAUGGAGGCCAAGGAUCACCGCCACAAGGAAGCCACGGAUCACCGCCACAUGGAAGCCACCAUUCACCGCCACAUGGAAGCCACGGAUCUCCACCAGCAGGUCAACCUGUACCAUCACCGCCACAUGGAAGCCAUGGAUCUCCACCACAGGGAAGCACUCCAUCUCCACCACACGGUAGCCACCAGUCGCCGCCACAUGGUAGCCACCAAUCACCGCCACAUGGAAGCCAAACCUCACCACCUCCACCCCAACAUGUUCCAGCUCCAUCACCGGACAAUUCUCCACCCGGCCAUGUCAGCACCUCGCCUCCACCUCCAUCAUCCCAUUCACUUCCUCCACCACCACCAUCAUCUGGAUGCAUUCUACCAACACCACCACCUCCACCGCCACCACAACAAUGGCACCACCCACCACCAUCACCACAACAUCAAUCUCCACCGCCACCCACCACCUAUCAUCAUUCCCCACCACCUCCACAUCAAACCCAACCACCCUCACCACCCCAUAAAUCCACACACCCACAACCCCCACCGGACAACACCCCUCUUCCGCCAGUGAUCGGUGUAUCCUACGCCUCCCCACCACCACCAGUAAUUCCGUACUACUAA